UCUGCCCUAUUGUGUGGCUUUCCAGUGUGCUAGGCGGCAACUCCCAUUUCAUUCUCUACCUACUGUAUUCACACUUGUCUGUCCCACCAUUCCACAGGAAAGGCUCUUAGUAAAGUUCACGGGUUACUAGAUCCAAUGGACACAUUAUCUGCGGACCUUGCCUCUGUGUGUCAGCCUCCCCUCUCCACUGACAGCCUGGAUUUAGGCCCCCAUCAUUUCUCACUUAGAUGACACAGUAACCUCCUAACAGGUCUUCACACUUCCAAGCUUUUGUUUCUUCUCUGCAGGCAUGGGUUUGAAUUGGAACCUACUCCACAACCCAAAGGCAGCCAGCACCAUGUGGUUACUAACUGCCCUUCAUUCACCUAUUGAUGCCUCCCAAAAGAAGACUCGGCCAAUCUUCCCGCAAAGCUCAGCUGUUAUUCCACCAGCAGCCACUGGAGGGCCCCAAACAUCACUAUGGAGCUCCACAGAGGCCCAUCACCCACACUAGACAGGUGCCCAGCAAGCCUAUAGACCACAGCACUAUCACUUCUUGGGUAACACCUCAGUUUGACACAACAGUAGAAAGCUGUUUCCCAGCCCACCGGAAACAUCGUCACCAACAUGAAGCAAGACAUUCAAGCCGAAAAUCUACCUGCAAGUUUCCAUGUCUAACCUUUGAGAGUCCACAGCUGUCUUCCAGUUCAGAGACACUGGGGAUCCCCUUAGUAAAGGGAUGCCCCAAUCAAUCAGGAAAGGACAUUUCCAGAAAACCCUUAAUUCCAGUGCUCAGUCCCCAAAGCUGUGGGGAACUGUCAGCAAAUGCAUUUCAGAACUUUCCUUAUGUGUUUAUUCCGCCUGAUAUCCAGACCCCAGAGUCAUCAUCUGUGAAGGAGAACUCCUUUUCCCCAGAUCAGAGGGAAAACAGCCUUGUAAGCUGUGUCCUUCAAACUAGUACUCCUACCAGCCCAGAACCUGGACCUAUUCUGGUUAAAGACACCCCUGAAGAGAAGUAUGGGAUAAAGGUCACAUGGAGGAGACGAAGGCACCUGUUGACUUACCUCAAGGAGAGAGGGAAGCUGAACAGUAGCCAGUUCCUUGUAAAAAGCUGACUGGAUUUCUCAGACAUCAUGUUCUCUCAUCAUAGUCUCAGAAAUUGCUAAAUUUCAUGAAGUUGAUAAAGUCAUUUUUUCUGGUUUAUAACAGACUUUAUUGAAAGAAUAAAAUAGAAUAGUGCCAACAGAAAAAAUAUUUUAACUAGAGCCCUAGAGUAGCAAGGGAAUUCAAUUCCCAGAUUAAAAAUAUUUCAUAAACAGUUGAAUUUAGUGUCAUGAACUGUUCACUUCAUAUUUUUCUUUUAUUGUUUAAAAUUUGUAAAUAUCUUGCAUUAACUGUUUAAAAUGUAUGUAAAUAAAGGGUUACAGAAGGUUCUUAGAGAA